UCAAGGUUGGAAUGGGGUGGAGAAGGCAAAAAUCCAGCCUGCCGCCCCAACUUAUUGAAAUUCCCAAGGCUAUGCUACUCAGUAAAGAGGCGAACUGAACCUUUUUUAGGAUUAAAAUAUAGUACGAUUACAACGGCGACGUUUAGUUCAGGCCGAACAAGGAAAAGCGAGAGAAUUGCUCGCUGCGAAAAAAAAUCAAACGACGCAGCUGCUUGUGCUUCCAUGGCGAUUCGGUCAAUGAUAACGAAUCAUCUGAGAAAUAACAGUUACUGCCAUAAACUUCAAUUCGAAGCAAGAAACCUCUUUAAAUCUUUAUUACCAAUCAGUAAAGCCAGCACCAAGUAUAAAUAUAUUCAUAACAGCAGCAGCAGCAGCCGCCUUGAAACUGAAAUUUUGAGACUGAAAAGCCCAAGCAGAGUGCUUCAAGAUUGGAUCAACAACGGAAACAAGGUUAAGCUCUCCCAGCUCAAUUUGAUCUCUAAACAGCUCCUUAAAUCUAAGCGCUACAAACAAGCCCUUGAGAUAUUACAAUGGAUGGAAAAUCAAAACAACUUUCGCAUAACGCCGGGGCAUCAUGCUUUAAUGAUGGAAUUGAUUGUUAAAGUGAAUGGUUUAAAUAAGGCUGGAGAGUAUUUUGAACGAAUUACCGGUUCAGGCUCUAAAAAAGCUGCGUCUUUGCCUCUUUUACAUGGUUAUGUGAAAGAAAGAGAUAUCAGUAAAGCUGAGAGUUUCAUGAUCAAGUUGAGUUCCUCGGGCCUCCUUGUGACCCCUCAUCCGUACAAUGAGAUGAUGAAGCUUUACAUGGCUUUGUCUCAGUAUGAGAAAGUGCCUCUUGUGAUUGCAGAGAUGAAGCGAAACAAGUUAUGUCGAAAUGUUCUUUCUUAUAAUCUUUGGAUGGGUGCCUUUGGUGAGGUCUUUGAGGUUGCCAAAGCGGAGAUGGUUUACAAGGAAAUGGUGAGUGAUGAAAAUGUUGAGGUGGGGUGGAGUACGCUAGCUAGUUUGGCUAAUGUUUAUAUCAAGGCAGGGUUUGUUGAUAAAGCUCUUUUGGUGCUUAAAGAUGCGGAGAUGAAGCUGUCUACUAAUGGCCGGCUUGGUUACUUCUUUCUCAUUACGUUGUAUUCAUCUUUGAAGAAUAAAGAGGGAGUUCUUCGGCUUUGGGAAGCAAGUAAAGCGGUUGGUGGGAGGAUCCCUUGUGCUGAUUAUAUGUGCGUAAUUUCAUGCUUGGUUAAGGUAGGUGAUCUUGUAGCAGCAGAGCAGGUAUUUGCAGAAUGGGAGACAAAUUGUUUCAAGUAUGAUAUUAGAGUCUCCAAUGUGCUUCUAGGUGCAUAUGUACGGAAUGGACUGAUGGGAAAAGCUGAAUCGUUUCAUCUUCAUACAGUUGAGAGAGGUGGGUGCCCAAAUUACAAGACGUGGGAGAUUCUAAUGGAGGGAUGGGUAAAAAUCCAAAAGAUGGAUAAAGCCAUUGAUGCCAUGAAGAAAGGCUUUUCUGUGUUGAAGGUGGAACGUUGUGAGUGGAGGCCAUCGCACAGUAUUUUGAUGGCCAUUGCAGAGCACUUUGAGAAGCAUGGAAAUUUUGAAGAUGCAAAUCACUAUAUUAAGGCUGUUCACGGUUUGGGUGUUGCAACUUUACCUUUGUAUAAACUAUUCCUUAGAAUGUACCUCAAUGCUCAGAGAUCAGCAUGGGACAUCCUUAAAAUGAUGGAGAAGGAUAGGAUUGAGCUGGAUGAUGAAACUUCUGCCCUUGUUGCCUUGAACUCGUGAUUGAUGGCAUAGAUCAUUGCAGUAGAUUUGGAGAUGGCAUAGAUCAUU